CUCUUCCUCUCAAUCCCUCGUCCUUCCACUUCAGCCCUGCAUCUGCCCUGCAUUCAGCUCCACCGGCUGUUAUAAACUUGUACCUGCAUCAUUAAAGGUAACCGCUUUGGUCAUAUCACCCACCUAUCCAACACCCCGCCACUAUUCCCGGAACCAACAUCCGUUCACUAUCACCGGCGCCUCCAUGAACCAGCCCCAUGCCUCCACCGUUUCGUCACCCUCGCCUGCGGGGCCCCCCAUGUAGGUUUGGUCACGAUCCUCAUCUCAUCUUAUCUUGUUGCCUUUUCCUUUUAUCUCUCCUUCUUCCCUCUUUCUCUCUCUUUUCUCACCUCACCCACUUCCUUCACGUCGUCCCUAUUCCCACGCGGUAUCGUCGAUAUACCUCGUUGCAGACUUUUGUUUGCGUCCUUUCGUUGAAAGUCAAAUCAACACCACGCUCUUUUGCACCGGCCUAGGCCAUAUCACAAUCUUUAAACCCCCUCGCUGCUUCAUAUAUUUAUAAUGGGUAUCUCCAAGACCUUUGCGGCCGUUGCCGCCCUCUCAGCCGUGGCGAGCGCCGCCGGCUCCUCUGCAAGAAGCGCCGUGGCCACAUACUGGGGCCAAACUGGCGGAACUCUUCGCGACUACUGUGACACAGCUGAUACGGAUUACAUUCCCGUCGGCUUCAUCGACUAUUUCCCGGCGCAGGGGAACGGAUGGCCAGGUUCCAACUAUGGCAGUUCAUGCUGGGCCUCGACAUACACCGCCCCCGGCUACAACGGCGUUGACGAUCCUCUCCACAACCGCCUCCUUGACCACUGCACGGGCAUGGCACAGGACAUCCAGUACUGUCAGUCUAAGGGAAAGAAGAUUCUUCUGUCCCUCGGUGGCGGACCUAACACCUACUCCCUAACUGGCAAGAAGGACGGAGAGGCCUUCGCCGAUUUCUUAUGGGCAGCCUACGGCCCCCCCACCGUGGAGUGGGUUGGCCCCCGCCCCUUCGAUCCCCUCCCAGGUACUGAGGGCGAGGGCAUCGCGACAAUCGUCGAUGGAUUUGACUUUGAUAUCGAGCACCCAGACACCGACAACUCCGUUGGAUAUAUCGCCAUGAUCAACAGGCUCCGUAGCUACUUCCCUGAUGGCGGCUACCUCAUCACCGGUGCACCUCAGUGCGUUGUCAACGAUGCGAACAUGGAUUUGAUGAUCCAGGGCGCCCAAUUCGACAUCAUCUGGGUUCAAUUCUACAACACUGAUGGUUGCGCUGCUAGAGACUGGGUUAAACUUAACCCUGACUACGCGACAACUGGUGUCGAGACUACUGUCCCCAAAGAGUACCCCCACGGCGGCUUCUCCUACGAUGCGUGGUUGAAGCGCCUCCAGGCCCCUGGCUCCAAGAGCAAGAACGCCAAACUUUCCAUUGGUGUUUUGGGAGCGCCGAACAUGGACCCAACCAUUCCUAUUGAAUACUACCUGUCGGCGGAUCAGCUUAAGCCGCUGAUCGACGAGUACUACUGCCACGAUAACUUUGGCGGGUUCAUGAUCUGGGACGCCGUCUUUGCCGGCAAAAACAAGGACCAGAACGGCGUUAAUUUCCUGGCUCAGAUCAAGAACCUCCUGGUUGCCCGCGAGGCCAAGGGAUGCGCAGCGCCCACUUCCACUGUCAGCUCGAGCACCAAGGCUCCCGUCACCACUUCCACUGUCAGCUCGAGCACCAAGGCUCCCGUCACCACCUCCACCCCUGGCCCACUCACCACCGGCCCAUCCACCACCGCCGUGACCACCUCGACCGGCCACUGGGGCAACAACACCAUCAGUGACUCCCCAACCCUCACCUCCACCAUCCUCCGCACCACCGUCUACACCGUGACCAGCUGUGCCCCCACCGUGACCAACUGCCCCCUCGGCCACGUCACCACCGCCACCCUCACCGACUACACCACCUGGUGCCCCGGCAACCCCACCAUCACCCCGGCCCCAACCACCACCAGCGCCGCCAAGCCAACCAAGUCCGGGAAGCCCAGCACCGUCUACACCACCAUCAUCCACACCAUCACCGCUUGCCCGCCUAGUGUGACAAACUGCCCCGCCAACGAGAAGACCACCAGCGUCGUUACGGAAACGAAGGCGAUUUACACCACUAUCUGUGACGAGGAGACUACCCUCCAGACCGCUAUCCCGACUGGCGGCAUCAAGGCCGUUGGCACUGGAAGCCCGACGAUCCCCCAGACUCCGUUCGUUGGAGGUGGUGGACGCGUCGGUGGUAGCGUCUUUGCGGCGGCUGUUGUGGGUGUGUUGGCACUGCUGAUGUAAAUGUGUGUGUGUGGGGAUGGGAUCUGAAAUAUUCGCUUCUAUGUUUUAAGGAAAUAUUGUGACAAUAUUUAUUUUUUGGAGAUAAUGCUUGUUGAAAUCUGAGUUUAGCGAUGGAGAGGGGAGUGAAGAAACAUAUUGGAUUGGACUGUGUUCAUGUUUCCGAGCGUUUAGUUGGGUAGGUAUCCUAAUGUCAUUUAUGGAUCCAGCAGGAUGCUAUGGAAGGUUGUUUUAGUUUUAAAAUUUUAUGAAGAAAACUUGAAUGAAGGUAUUAUGCUUG